AUGUCGGGUUUUAUAAAACCCGGUUUAUCAGCUGGAAUGGCUUAUGGAAAUGGUGGUAAUCAAUCUGUUAUUGACAGAGUAUUACCGGAUAUGUUAGAAAUGACACCAAAAUAUUGGCAUCAAUUUCCAGCAUUAAAUCCAAUAUGGCAACAAGUACUUGGUUCAUUAGUUAUGGUUCUUUGUUGUAUAUCAUUAACUGGAAAUUCAAUGGUUAUGUAUAUUUUUGCAACAACAAAAUCACUACGUACACCUUCAAAUUUAUUUAUCAUAAAUCUUGCAUUUUUUGAUUUUUGUAUGAUGUUUUUUAUGGCUGCUCCAAUGGCAAUUAAUUCUUAUUAUGGUACAUGGAUAUUUGGUCCUAUGGCUUGUGAUAUAUAUGGUGCAAUUGGAUCAUUAUGUGGUUGUGGAUCAAUAUACACAAUGACAAUGAUAGCAUUUGAUAGAUACAAUGUCAUUGUAAAAGGUUUAUCAGCAAAGCCAUUAACAAUAGCAGGUGCUUUACAUAGAAUUUUUUGGAUAUGGGCAUUAUCAUUAGCAUGGACAAUAACUCCAUUUUUUGGCUGGGGAAAAUAUUCACCAGAAGGAAAUUUAACAGCAUGUGGUACUGAUUAUCUUGCUAAAGAUUUUAGUUCAAGAUCUUAUGUAUUUAUAUAUUCAGUUGGUUCAUGGGCUGUUCCAUUGGUGUUAAUAUGUUAUUCGUAUUAUUAUAUAUUAUCAGCAGUAUCAGCUCAUGAAAAAAAUAUGCGUGAACAAGCUAAAAAAAUGAAUGUUGCAUCAUUAAGAUCAUCAGAUAAUCAAAAUACAAAUGCUGAAGCUAAGUUAGCUAAAGUUGCAUUGAUGACAAUUAGCUUGUGGUUUAUGGCUUGGACACCAUAUUUAGUUAUAAAUGUUGUUGGUGUUUUUGAGCUACCAAUAUUAACACCACUUUUUACAAUAUGGGGAUUAAUAUUUGCCAAAGCAAAUUCUGUUUAUAAUCCAAUUGUCUAUGCCAUAAGUCAUCCAAAAUAUCGUGCUGCUUUGAAUGAAAGAUUUCCAAAGUUAUUUUCCGAAAAAACUAAAGCUACAUUGACUAGUGAUGCUACAUCUGCAACAACUGCAGUUAGCAGUGAAGAAAGAGCUUAAAUUCAAUGAUAAAUUUAAAAAAUAUUUAAAAAAUUUAUUGCUACAUCGGAUGAUUAUUGAUUCUGGUAGUAAUAUAUAUAUAAUUCUUCUGUUUUUAAAUUAUCAAUGACACCCCAAUACUCCAUUUACAAAUGAAAAAAAUUUAUACAUAUUCUGUAUAUAAAAAAAAAAAAAAAUAAAAAAAAAUAAAAAGCAUUGAAAUCACCACUUUCAAUGCAAAAUAAAAUUUAAUUUAAAUUUAAAAAAUUGAUUAUAUAGUUGAUUGAAAAAUUAAAUAAUGUACAGUAUUUCAAAAAAUAAAAAAAAAAAAGUGAAAAAAAAUUAUAAUAAUUUUAAUUUAAUUACAGGUAAAACGAAACAAAAAAAAAAAAGGUAAAAUAAAUGAAAAAAAAAAUUUCAACAAUGUGAAUUUAUAUUUUACGUAAUAUAUUCACAAAAGGAUAAUGUUUAAUUGAAUUAUUUAAAUAACAUUAAAGAUGUAUAUUUAUAAAUAAAUUGACCUAAUUUUUUUGUUUUUUUUUUUUUUAUUAUUAUUUCUUUGUCGAAAAAAAAAAAAAAAAUAUAAAAUAGUAAUCAGCAAUAUUCAUAAGCAACUAUGAUAUUUUAUUUGAAACAACAAAAUAAAUAAUUUAACAUAUUAAAUAAAC